UUCUCGCCGUCUGCCGCGUUGCGAGUACGCUUUGUGAUGUCCCGCGUGUUUUGACGCGAUAUGGCCUCGUCGACGAACGGAAACAUCGUAAUCGAGUGGUUACGAUCGCUUCACCUGGGCCAAUACGCGGAAAGCUUUAUUGAUAAUGGUUACGAUGAUUUAGAAAUUUGCAAACAGGUCGGUGAACCCGAUCUGGAUGCAAUUGGAGUUCUUAACCCUGCACAUCGUCAGAGACUCUUGCACUCAGUGAGAACUUUGAGAGAAGAAGGUGCUGCGGCUGUGUAUUUUACCUUAGAAGAGGCCGCUGCUGCCCGGGACUGCCGUUGUGACGAUGAAGUCCGCAAGGAACAAGCAGUAGCAACCGUUGAACCGGCAAAAUACGCUGACGAAUAUGAGGAGGGAAAAGCAGAGUUAGUGAAAAUACCACGUAUCCAGUUGAAGCGUCUUCUUCGUGAACGUCUUGCCCAAGAUGGAAUACGCUUGAGCCUGCAGCCUUAUUCAACAACGGAUGGAGACCGGGGAUAUUUAGAGGGGCUGGCAUCAAGAUACGCUGAUCUCUUCUCCACGCACUACGGGGAUGUGCUUGAUCACCUGGAAGAACUUCGGAGGCACGAAUGGGAGGAGAUGUCGCCACGGAUGCGCGUGAUAGGAGGCCCUGGGACGCCGCAGACCCCACCAUCCGCGAGUCCAGGCUCCUUGGCGCUAAACAACUUGACCACGUCACAUUCACAACCAAUUUAUGUUCCCGGAAAAUAUUCUCCUUCAAGCUGUUUGACGGAUAAAGAGGAAGAUGAAAUAUACGGUUUCGGCUAUGGCGUGUUUGGAAAGCAAAUGCUGCAGAGGCAGCAGCAACAGAAGCUUCUCUUGGCGCAACCCACGCAGCCCCUGAUCCACAAUCAACAACAUAACUAUCAAAGUUGUCUGAGUCCGCGAUCUGCAUACUUUUAUGAAUUCCCUCCCAGCGAUAACUGCCUUGGAACGGCAAAGAAGAAGGUGACUACGUUUUCAAGGUUGCUCCGUGGCUUGAAGUCACACAGAAAAGAAAAGCAUGGUUCAUGCUCUCCGAAACACACCCACAGUCCUCGUCAAACGUUACCACCGCAGAGGGUUGAUACUCCGGACAGCGUGCUACAAAGUGGCUUAGGUCUCGGUCCUGGGCCAGACACAGCUCUAAGGUCCAUGGUUGACCCUAGAGACUAUGAUCGCCUCCGCUUCUUUCAAAUGACUGCCGCCCAACCAAACACCUUUGAAGAAACUAUACAUAGGUUAAAAGUUCAAGAAGCUAUGAAGAAAAAAGAUAAACUGGCGAGAGAGCAAGAGGAGAUUCUAAGGGACAUUCGUCACGGCCUUAUCAAUAUGGGAAGAGACGGGGUGCGAGGGCCAUUUGGAGACGACACUUACAUGUACGAUGACGAAGCGAGAGGCCUAUCUGGCCGAGGCCACUGGUACGAUGAACCUCCUUAUGAAAGUGACCCAGAAGACUUCCUCAUGAGCGGUGGUGCACCGGCCGCCACAUUUCAAAAUGGCCGAGUAUGUUUUACGCUUAAUCUCCGAAACGAACCAAGAGGCGAAGGUGUGAUAUCGUUGAGAAGUGCCGGCGAUAUAAGCUUAGCGAGGGCUCCACGAAGAGGAUUAAUAAUUCCACAGAGUGGACCCUACCCGACCACUGUGAUACCCCUCCGAACAUCGAGAGAUAGGGAGAGCGGGGAUUACGCCGCCUCCGACAUACAGUCUAUAGGAUCGCGACUAUCGGGCAUAUCGAUAGAAUCAAGUCGAUCCGAGCGGGAUUCCAGGAGAGGUUACAGGCAAAUGUCAGGCUAUCGAAUAGGAAUAGAUCCGUUAUCGCCUGCCUCAUCAGAUUACGAAGAUCAAGAGAGCGAGACUGACUCACAACAUAUCGCAACGGUGCAUAAGUCAGCCGAUGAUUGUGAAGGAGUUUCAAACUUAGUUGGAAAAGUUAGAGGGCUUAGACAAGAUGUACAAAGAAAAAUAUCAAGAUUACGACAAGAAAGGGGUCCAGAAGGUUCUGAAAGGCGGACGAGUGCCGAUCAAGCGUUUCCCUGUUCUAAUAGCUCUUUUGAAAGUCUUCCCAGCGGAUCAGGCAGUAGCACGCAGGCAUUGGUUCGCGCUGGUAGUAAUCAUUCAUCUCUCUCGGCAGAAGAAAACAUAGAAUUAAGUCCAGCCGGGCGAAGUUUACUGGUACCUCAAAUGCUGUGUCGCGCCAGAGCCCUCGUCGAUUACAUCCCUAAUAUAUAUGAAAAAGAUGCUUUAAGAUACAAAAAGGGGGACAUCAUUGAGGUGAUCAAUAUGAACGCAUCCGGUAUCUGGCGGGGCGUACUCAAUAAUAAAGUUGGGAACUUCAAGUUUGCCAAUGUCGAAGUCCUUUCUGAGAGAGACGCCUCUAGGUCGAGGACGUUAAAAUGGUGUAAGAGUCGGGAGAGGUUGUGGGAAACUCGACCAAGAACUGUCGAGGAACUUUUGAGAAGAAUCGACUUGCCUGAAUACGCUAUAGCGUUUGCGCGGAACGGUUAUGAAGAUAUAGAGCUUUUUAAGGAGAUUGAACCUUCUGACUUGGACUACUUGGGAAUAAUGACACCCGAUCAUCGAACGCGUAUUCUCGCUGCCGUACAACUGCUGCACCAGCUUGAAUGUGGCGAAGGUGAUGGCGAGGUAGAAGGAGGUGGGUCCAGUUCUGAGGGUGGGGAAUCACCUUUCGGUCGACGUCAGUUCCCACGAGACUCCGGCUGUUACGAAGCUGGUGUCGGUGUCGGUGGAGUGCCCGCGCUUAGUGGAGUUUUCUUGGAAAUUGAGGCGCAUUUUCAUUUGUUUAUCGCCUUCUUGGAAAUAAAGCCACCAAGAAUUCAACAUUUCACAUAUAAGAGAGUAGAAAGACUGAUAAAUAAAGUGAGGCGACAAGGGGACUGCGUCGCCGGAGUAGUGGUGCCGCGAUUGGCAAUAAAAGUUGGUGCUAUGUGCUCACUCAUGCCCGCUUUAAUGAACCACGUGCACUUCACUCGUUGUAAGUCCGAACACGUCUGGAGGGAAGACAGGACUAUCACCCUCUCGUGGCGGUAA